AUGUCAGACUGGACUGCCAAACAAGUGGCAUUCGCUAAAGACCUGAGAAAGGCGGACACCAUACGACCAGAGACCUUCACUGCCGAUCAAGAGUGGUACUUAUGCAGGCACAUGGUCACCAAAGCAACGAUUACGGAGAAAGCAGAGGGUAUUAGCAGCCCAAACGACUAUCCACUAUACCACAUUACGUGCCACGUCAAGAGGAAGAAUGGUUACUACCUCUGGAAUAUGGCUAUGGUUAUUUUCCUUAUUUAUAUCCUGUCCUUUUGUUCAUUUUCUGUGGAAAUCUCCUCACCUUCUGAUCGACUCGGUGUCACCCUUACUCUUCUGUUAACAGCAGUUGCUUUCAAGUUUGUUGUAUCGCAGAGCUUGCCAACGAUUUCAUACUUGACAUUACUGUGGGACUUACUGUUGGAACAAUUUGGCCAGUAUGUCUAUCUUGGUGAUCCUCCUAUAUGA